GAUGUUUACGACUUAAUUCCAUAUACCCAUUUCCCAUUUCACUCUUUAAUGAUUCUCAAAAUCAACCCCAAGAACAAUCUUUAGAGAAAAGAAAGAAAAAAAAAGAUAAAGAGAGGGAUCUUUGACUCCAUUGAUUGAUAAAUUUUAAUGGGGUUCUUCUAAUUCAUAGUCUCUCUCUUUUUUACUGAAAUCAUUUAAGGUUCUUUCCACUCAAAGAUUUGAUCUUUUGUGAUAAUCAGUUCAAGAUGGUUGGAUCAGACGAGAACUUUUCAGGUGUGAUGAGGGCUUCAAAUCUUCAAGGAGGAUUAAGGCCUGUUGUUGGAGGAGGAAAAUUGACUGCAGGAGUUGGACAAAAUAGAAGGGCACUUAGUACAAUCAAUAGGAAUGUAAUUGGAGCUCCCCCUUUACCCUAUGCUGUCAACAAGAGAAAUGGCAUUUCUGACAACAAAGCCAAUGCUGCUAACAAAAUCCCUCCUGUUCCGAUUCAUCGUCCAAUCACAAGGAAGUUAGCUGCACAAAUCGCAAGCAAACAGCAGCAACCUGCAGUCGAGGUAACAAAGCCACCAGUCCCAUUGGCACCAAAUAGAAAUGAAUCAGAAGACUGCAUUAUUAUCGAUGCUGAAGAAUACAAGGCUACUGGUGAUUCUUCCGUGCCAAUGUUUGUGCAACAUACUGAAGCAAUGAUGGAGGAAAUUGAUAGGAUGGACGAGGAGAUAGAGAUGGAAGAUGUAGAAGACUGUCCAAUUGUGGAUAUAGACAGCACUGAUAAAAAGAACACGCUUGCAGUUGUGGAGUACAUUGACGACAUCUAUGCUUACUACAAGAAGACUGAGGUUCUUAGCUGUGUCCCUCCAAACUACAUGGAACAGCAAAUUGAUGUUAAUGAAAGGAUGAGAGCCAUCCUAAUUGACUGGCUGAUUGAGGUACACUACAAGUUUGAACUGAUGGAGGAGACCCUGUAUUUGACUGUGAAUCUUAUCGAUAGAUUCCUAGCAGUUCAGUCAGUGAUUAGGAAAAAACUUCAACUUGUCGGAAUAACUGCAUUGCUUCUUGCCUGCAAAUAUGAAGAGGUUUCUGUACCUGUAGUGGAGGAUCUAAUUUUAAUUUCUGACAAGGCUUACACCAGAAAUGAAGUGCUUGUGAUGGAAAAGUUGAUGGUUAAUACCUUGCAAUUCAAUGUAACAGUGCCUACAGCAUAUGUGUUUAUGAGGCGAUUUCUUAAAGCCGCUCAGUCUGAUAAAAAGGUGGAGCUCAUGUCUUUCUUCUUGAUAGAGCUAUGUUUGGUUGAAUAUGAGAUGCUUAAAUUCCCACCAUCAAUGCUAGCAGCUGCUGCUAUCUUUACUGCUCAAUGCACUCUUGGUGUUUCUAAGGAGUGGAAUAAAACCUGUGAGAAGCAUAGCAGCUAUGCUAAAGAUCAGCUUUCGGAAUGCUCGAGAUUGAUGGUUUCUUUCCAUCAGAAGGCAGCAAGUGGGAAGCUUACUGGCGUGCACCGAAAGUACAGCACUUCUAAAUAUGGCUAUGCUGCUAGAUGUGAACCAGCUUCUUUCCUGUUAGAAGCAGCAUGGUUCUAGGAUGUCAAGAAAGUAGUAAUAUAGAGAGUGUGGUUAGUUGAAAGCAAUUGAGCAACAUAAGUUGCCCCGAGUGAGGGGAGGGGGAGGGUGUUUUGAGUUCUUACUGCUGCUGAGAACAUGCUUUUUUAUUUGUUUGUUUGGUUUUUCGUGUACAUUAUUGACAUUGCUUUAGUAUUUUGUGAAAUCUAGUUUUUCACACUCGUGUUCUUGAAGCUUUUUGGAAUCAUACGCAUUCAUUUCUGUCCCA